AUGUUUCCUGACAAUGUCUAUGACAUUGAGGAGCUUUCCCCUGAGGAUCGCACUCUGUUCGCGCAGAAGUAUCGGAAAUAUCUUCACUAUAUAGCGCAAGCAGCAAUAUGGACCACCUACAUCUACUUUGCAGUGCGGCUGUUUUUCACCUUGGCGAACCCGGAGCGAACAUGGAAAAUGUGGAUAAUGCUUGGAGUUGAGGGUCUAUUUGCCCACAUGUCCCUGAACCACCAAUGCUUGUCCUUAGCCGCAACAGCAAAGCCACCACACCAGACACCCCGCAAGAGAUUACGCAGCGAUAAAAAUCUUCCUAGAGUUGAUGUGCUAGUAACAUGCUGCGGAGAGCCAGUCGAAAUCAUCCUGGACACAGUCCGAGCAGCAUGUAGUCUAGACUACCCAGCUUCCCGUUUCCGAGUCCGGCUUCUAGACGACGGAGCAUCAAGUAACCUGCACGACGCAAUCGCAAAACUCGCCACAAAAUGGACUCACCUGUCCUAUCACACCCGCGGCAAGCAAUCCGGGCAAUCGUUCGCCAAAGCAGGCAACCUCAACUACGCCCUAUUCACCCUACAAACCGAAGACCCGCCGGAGUUCUGCACAGUCGUCGACGCAGACUCCAUCCUGAUGCCAGAGUUUCUACGCGCGACACUGCCCCAUCUACUCGCAGACUCGAAGGCAGCAUUACUGACUACCCGGCAGUAUUUCUAUAAUCUGCCCCGCGGCGAUCCCCUCUCCCAGUCGCGCGCUUACUUCUACACAUGUAAGAACGCGGAACUCAAUCUUCUGGGUCAUGCACUAGACGCGGGAUCAGGUGCGGUCUUCCGUCGCGACGCGAUUUUCGACGCAGGUGGAUAUCCGACCUAUUCGUUCUCGGAGGAUUGGCAGCUGUCGUUGAUUCUACGAGGGCUAGGCAAGCGCACGAUGCAGGUACAAGAGGUUUUGCAAUUUGGUCUCGUUCCUACUUCUCUUGCGGGGCAUCUUAAACAGCGGAAUCGGUGGCACAUUGGACACUCCCAGCAGAUUUCUGUGUUAUUCCCUUCUAUGAAUAAGGCGAUUCCAGAGCAUCUGCGUUGGGAUAUUGCUUUUGGAGGAUUGUCUAUUAUGGCAGGUCUCGUGAGCUAUUCGAUUGGUUUUGUUACUCUGCCCUUUCUUCUUGUCUCCGAUGGUGAGUUUAUUCCUGCUGCAUCGGCCUUGGAGGUCAAGAUUCAGCUUGUUCUGGCCAUCGUGCAUGUUGCAUUUACAUGGGCAUAUGAUGGGGCUCAGAGUGCACAUGCGGGCCUUCCAUUUGCACCUUUUGCACAUGCAGAGAACAGUUGGCUUGCUACUGCCCACUUGUACGCCAUUGUACGAUUUCAUCUAUUCGGAAGCAAGCCCAGGGGAUCCUUUGUUACCGGAAGCACCGCCAAUUCGAGAGAAAAUACCACAUCCAUUUCGUCGUUCCAAAGAGCAUGCAGAGAUACUCUUCAAAGCGGGGCUUUGUUGAACAUUUGUCUCUUUAUUGCAACUGUUGGAGCUAUGCUCUUCGCGGUUUGGGUGGCCAUCUCCAGAGAUGGACCGACGAUUAUUCCCAAACUGCUCACUACAAUUGCUUGGCCGCCGUUGCUGCACUUGUGCCUUUUGGUGAUUGUGAACAAUUGGAUACCAAUUUCUCAUCUUUUCAAUCCUCCGAUCUAUCCCUCCAGAGACUCUAAGUUGCUCGGUACAGAGAAGGGAAUAUCAUACCCACGAGCGGAGGUUGAACGGGAAAUUAGCUCCGAGAAGGCUUUGCUUGGCGUCUGCUGCUCGUCUGUGGUGCCAAUCGUUCUUUUGGGGGCGUUUGUGGGUGCUAUGAUAUCAUAG